GUUAGCUCGAGGCUGAAAGAAGAAAAAAGGAAAUUAAAAUAAUCAAUUUGCUUCUUCUCGCUCCUCCCUCCCCCCGUCCGUCUCCCUCUAGCUGCAGAAACAGAGAUCAACCCAGCCAGUCGCCGAGGAAAGGAAGAAUACCGCCGAUGGUGAUGUCAGAGAGAGACCCUACUUCCCAGUUAGCGUUGCCGCCGGGCUUCCGGUUUUAUCCGACGGAUGAGGAGUUAUUAGUUCAUUACUUAUGCCGUAAAGUCGCCGGACAUCAUUUCUCGUUGGACAUUAUCGGCGAGAUCGAUCUUUAUAAAUUCGAUCCGUGGUUCCUUCCCAGUAAAGCCACUUUUGGAGAGAAGGAAUGGUACUUCUUCAGUCCAAGAGAUCGAAAAUAUCCAAACGGCUCACGACCAAACAGAGUUGCUGGAUCUGGUUACUGGAAAGCCACCGGAACCGAUAAAAUUAUCACGACGGAAGGUCGUAAAGUUGGAAUUAAGAAAGCCCUUGUCUUUUACAUCGGAAAAGCUCCCAAAGGAACUAAGACUAACUGGAUUAUGCAUGAGUACAGGCUUUCAGAGCCUCAAAGGAAGAACGGAAGCUCUCGGUUGGAUGAUUGGGUUCUGUGUCGGAUCUACAAGAAGCAUUCUAGUGCUGAAAAGUCGGUGCCAGGUACAUGGAACAAAGAACAGAGCCAUGCCUCGUCUUCAUCGUCGUCUUCGCACUUGGACGAUGUUCUCGAAUCGCUUCCCGAGAUUGAUGACCAGUUCUUUAACCUACCUCGAAUGAACUCUCUAAGAAAUUUACAACUUCCAGUUCCAGACGAUAAAAGCAAUGUUCAGAACAUUGGCGCAGGAAAAUUUGAUUGGGUGAGUUCAGGGAUGAUGGGUUCUCUGUCCCAACUCGUUUCUAGUAACCCAACACAGAGGCCGGAAACAGAGGUAUACGUCCCAACCAUGCCUCCACUUCUCCAAGUGGAUUCUCCGUCGGAGAAAUUUGGAGGGAGUUCCAUAGAAGAAGAAGUUGAGAGUGGGCUGAGAUCGCAGCGAGUUGACAAUUCUAGUUUGUUGCAGCAGCAGCAGCAUCAGCAGCAUCAUCAUCCAAGCUCGAACUUAUUUGCUCAACAAUUACCCGACCCAAUUGACCCGUUUGGGUUUAGAUACUCUCUGCAGCCGACAUCAGGAUGCUUCGGAUACAGACAAUAAGACAAAACAAAGGAAUCUCCGAAACCUUUUAAAAAGAGCCCGAAAUCGUAAUUCCUUUGGCUCUCUCGUGAAUCCACCGGGCGCAUUUGGGGAAUCAUUGUGAAUUAAAAGCUUGAACUGUAGAAAGUGAGAGAACAGAUAAAGAAGGAACAGUGAAAGUGGGUACAAGAGAGAGUUGCAAAAAUUAAUUUUCAUCUACAGUCGUCAUUCAAUGGAUUGUUUUAGAAACAUGAAGAGCUGAAAAGCUCGGGUCUCUCAUCUUAUUCAUGGAGAUUUUCAUUUGUUUUUAUUCUUGUAAAUAGUUCCUGAUUCUUUGGGGCUAUUAUUGGAAUUGGAUGAGGAAAUCUUUCGCCCCAUAAUCAUUUAAUUGGUUAGUGUAUAGAAUUUCUUGUACACUACUGUCAAUUAUGGGAAAGAAAGGCUUGAGUUCUUGGGUAGUGAUUUUUAAUUUUUAUGGAUUCAUUAAUACA